AAAUAAACACGUAAUAUCAGUGCCAGUGAGAUUUGCAUAAAUGCAUGUAAAGCAUGCACAAUAAAAUAUUUGUUUUGUUUAUUUUUAAAGAAAAAAAAACCCCACUGCGGCACCUUCCAUAUUCGCUGAUCAAGUCGCACGAUCGUGGUUUCGUCCCUUUGACGCUCCUACUGGCGAUGUACACGCCCGUCACGCAUCACAGCCAAAGCUCCAUAGGAUAGUAGCGCUUGGUGAAUAUAGCCUAAUAAACAUAAAACAAAAAAUAUUAUUACGCCCUUUCCAAAACUCAGGUGACCUAAUGUUUCCACAAAUCAUUAAAUGCACAAAAUGAAAUGACCGAGAGAUACAUGCACAACCACCCACAACCACCCCCAUGAUCCUCUCGAUGUAUACGGGUAGCUUUUCAAAUUUUCCCCUUUUUUUCUAGUUAUCGGUGGCUGUCGCUAGUCAUGACAAUUGUGGCAUAGCAGCCUCGAAUUUAUUGAUAUUUUUUUUUCUCUCCCUAAGCCUCUUCUGUUACUGCACUGGCAGCUAGCGCAGUGCUGGCCGAGCAAAACCGGCUCAUUACAUAUGCAACAUGCAGCCUCAAACUAAACUUCCAUCCCAUAAUAGCUUCAUUCAGGCUGUUACAUUUAGCGGAUGCACCAUAACACGUAGGAUGCAAUGGUCAUUAGGGCCAUUCUAGUGCGCACAUUUAGCGGGGCAGACAUUGUUUGUGAUGAAAGCUUUGAAAAUUCUUACGUUUAAUCAUUUCCAUGUUUAUUUGCAGCGAAAGAUUUUCCCUUAACGCUCGUCUGUUCCAUUAAUCAGACACACGCCCUCCACACCACACCCAAGGAAAUUUCUGUUGACUCCAUUUGGCACCUCAAUGGUUGGGGAUCUUUGACAGUCAGCGGCGAACUAUCGCUGUAAUUUGGACAUUAGCUCCCCACCCGUUUUGUCGGUUGGACUAGGGAGCAGAAAGAGGGAGGAGAGGACGACGCGCAAGGACAGCGAAUUAAGAAAUUCGCCGCACUAAUCUGGCCGCAGAUAUCACAGCUUCAAAAUGGCGUGCUGCCUUACAGAGGAACUGAAGGAACAGAAGCGAAUAAAUCAGGAGAUUGAGCGGCAGUUGAAGAAAGACAAAAGAGAUGCACGCAGAGAAUUGAAGCUACUGCUUUUAGGGACUGGAGAAUCGGGCAAGAGCACAUUCAUCAAACAGAUGCGCAUCAUCCAUGGCUCUGGCUACUCAGAUGAUGACAAACGCAGCUUUAUCAAAAUAGUCUACCAAAACAUCUUCAUGGCCAUGCAUGCUAUGAUUCGUGCAAUGGAUACACUCAACAUCCCCUAUCACAACCCUUCAAACAGAGAAAACGGGAACAUGAUUCGACAGGUGGACUAUGAAACUGUGACCACAUUUGAAAGACAGUAUGUGGAUGCUAUUCGCACAUUGUGGGAGGACCCAGGCAUACAGGAGUGUUAUGACCGUCGUCGAGAGUACCAGCUUACAGACUCUGCCAAAUAUUACCUAGACAGUGUGGAUCGGAUUGCCACCACUGACUACCUGCCAACAUUACAAGAUAUUUUACGUGUCAGAGUUCCAACAACUGGUAUCAUAGAAUACCCUUUUGACCUGGACAGCAUCAUAUUUAGGAUGGUGGAUGUGGGAGGGCAGCGAUCUGAACGUAGGAAAUGGAUUCAUUGUUUUGAGAAUGUUACAUCCAUUAUGUUUCUAGUCGCCUUAAGUGAAUAUGAUCAAGUAUUGGUUGAGUCUGACAAUGAGAAUCGCAUGGAGGAGUCCAAAGCCUUGUUCCGAACAAUUAUUACCUAUCCCUGGUUCCAGAACUCUUCUGUUAUUCUCUUCCUAAACAAGAAGGAUCUUCUGGAGGAGAAAAUUAUGCACUCUCAUCUAGUAGACUACUUUCCAGAGUUUGAUGGUGUCAAGAAAGAUGCAACCGCUGCCAGGGAGUUCAUCCUGAAGAUGUUUGUGGAGUUAAACCCAGACCCUGACAAGAUCAUCUACUCCCACUUCACCUGUGCAACAGACACAGAAAAUAUUCGCUUCGUCUUUGCGGCAGUGAAAGACACCAUCCUGCAGCUGAAUCUGAAGGAGUACAACCUGGUGUGAGAUGGAGGCGCCCACCAUGGCAGCAGCAGCAUACAUCUCCUCCGCAAUUCAUCGUCAACUUUGUGACAAGUGUCCUUGACCCUCACGUACAUGCAUUCACUUUGGAUUGAUGUCUGCCGGGCCCGCCCCCUUCCCCACCCUGUGUGGGUGGCCCGUCUGUCGUCACUGCAAGCUGCCACAUGGCACUUGGCUGUGCCAGUGAGCCUGUUGCUUUUUCAGUCUUCUCUUCACCUGGCUGUUAGAGUGCUAGGCCAGCCUAUCUGCCCACCCACGUCUGCCUGCCUGCCAGUCAGCCUUCUCAACCAUCCACAUCCGUUGAGUUGCACAGGAUCUGUCCUCUCACUUGCCUGCUUCUAUCUCCUGUUCUCACUUCUGGUCUUCUAUCAUUUCCUUUGGGUUGUCUGUGACACCAUGUAACAAUCGUGAAAAUGACAGUUACUUUUCAUCACCAAAGUGUGAAAAGAGGCAGAUGCUAUCUCCUGUGAGAAUAUUUAUCUCUGACCAAAGGUCUCAAAGCAGCUGAGGAGUAGCAGUCAUUGCAUUUGCUGUUGUGGUCGGUGAAAUGUGAAAUUAAAAGAAAACAAAUACAUGGACACUAUAGCCAGAAGAUCUACUUGAAGGGGGUAGAAAAGCUGAGAAAGACAUGGCACAAGACUGGUUGACAACUGUACCUUGUGAAAAAUGGCAGGAAGGAAGAACUCACUAGGGUUUAGUAGUGUUAUGUAGUGUCUACACACUUUUUCAGAUAAGAAUAAGUUAAUUUUUCUGUACAUCUUUUUUUUUUUUUUUUAACCCUUGGUCCUUCUUUUUUUUAAAUUCAUGAGGAAGGGCAGAAGGCAGGUGAUGGCUUCCCAUCUUGAUGUUGUCUGUGGACUAGCACUCCCAUGCUCCCCAUAAAACUAUGGAAAAAACAUUCUUAAGGACUAGAAGUACUACAUUGAGAUUGCCUGUUGGGGGCAGCGGCAUUCAUGGUACCAGCAUAUGGUCCUGCACCAGGACGAGAUCCAGCUUAUGCAUGCAAGGAACUUCAUGAAUGGCGUUGCUUUGAUAGGUUUAGAUAUGUUAAAUUAGGAGCAUGUUUCAGAAACCUGACAAAUUUUAAAACACGUGCAGUGAGAUAAAGAUUGAUAGAUCACUUAAGGCAUUCAGUCACGUACUAUCCCUAGAGUGGGUCUACAUAAAUUACCGUACUUACAGGAAUUAUAUGCCUUUGCCAACCCAUGGAUCCUAUCAAACAUUGCAGGAACAGUCAUACAGCUGAGGAGUUUGCGCAUGCUACAAACUGAGUGUUUUUGCCAAAGCACAAUGUUACAGCAGGUGUGUGGUAGUUAAAGGAAAAUUUCUGCCUCUUCAGCUCCUUUCCUGUAACCUCCACCUGCCUUUUUUCUGAUGUGAUUGUUUUUGUCAGUUCUUGAGCAAGAAUGAAGUGAUUCACUUGGGAAGGCACCUUUUUGAUCAUUUACACUUUGAUCUGCAGUGCCAUCCUCAGCUGCCUCUUCAUCUUCUUUCUUGCACAGCCUUUUCUUUUAAUUAAGAAAACUUGUAAGAAACUAUUUCUUAGUGCAAUGAAAUGUUUAUAGUUUUUUAAAAUUAACUAAAAUCAUGUGAGAAAAAGUAAAUUUCGUAUUGAUAUAUUACCUUUGUUCUUCAGCGAAGACCUCACUGGGCUGGUCAAUAUAAUGCUGACCAGUGUUUUUUCUGUUAUCAGGACCUGGUAAUUUUUUUAUUGAGGAUUUUCUUGUAUGGGAAAAGGCUGAGAUCCACUUUGUGCUUCUUCCUGUGAGUUCUGAGUUGUCUUGGCAGCAUUGUGGGAGCAGCCAGGUGUGUUGAAUUGUACUAAGUAGGAUGAGAGCAAGAAUUGCCAUACACCACCCUGUGCCAUCCCAAGUUGAAAGCGAGUGGAAAGUUCAGAGUAUGAUCCAUGUUUUCUUUCUCCCCUUUUUCCCUCCCUGCCUCUCUCUAUUGGAAACAACUUGUAUUUUUUUUUUUAUCUUUUUUUUUUUUUUGUCAUUCUUUUUACUUCCUCUUUCUGGAAUAGACCAUGAAUAUGUGGGUUUUUUUUUUUUUUCCUCUCUUAAUGGCAACAAUGCUGUGGCUGGCGUGUGGGUGAUGUGUGUCUUCAUGCUUCGAGGAACUGAGCGCAAUGAAGAUCACAGUGGCUUCUUAUGUCACAAGGCAGAAGAAAUGUUAUUUGCCUCAGAAUGAAAGUUCUUUCAGAGGUCUGGCGCCUUUUGGUGCUGUGAAUCCAAGAUCAUUUGUUUGGGCAUCCAAUUUGGGGAGGGACAUGGGGGCAGGCCAGUAUAUGAAGGGGCAGAAAUCAUCGUGUUGUGUACAAAGGGAGGUCACCACUCGGAUGCAUGAGCAGACAUAUCUCUUGUAGCACCUAAAUAAAGUUAUGAUCCCUUUCGCACAUUAGAAGCUUGUGCAGUGGCUGUCAUUUGGAGAGUAGGACAGCCAAGCCAAGAAGGGAAAAGGUACAUGGGGAGGGAGCAUUGUCUUAUGCUAUCAACAGGCAUGAGCCGACCUAUUCAGCGUAGUGUGCAUUGUGGGAUGAUGCUGUUUGAUAUGUUACCCUUUCAUUCACGGAUGUUUUUGGUCCCAUCUGGCUCUCACAUUUGCUGGUCGGCGGCAACAAUACUUUUUGUAAUAACGGGUUGAUGAAGACAUACCUGGAUAUCCUUUUUUGCAUUGAAUCAUUGAUUAAAUUUCUUUUCGUCCAUUGUCAGAUCUUGGCCCUUUUCCAUCUUUUUGUUGGUUUAAAGUAUGGUGCAAUUUACUAGCACGCAGUGCGUCAGCCAGCGCACAAGUCACACAAUGCGUAUCUAAACGUGUUUUUCAUUUGGUGGCUGCUUCUGCCAGGCAGUUUGAUAUCCUAAAGAAGGAGAAACAGAUGGGAAUGAUUGGCGUAGAAGAUAUAUACACAUAUAUAUAUGUAUUGACGAGUGGAUUAGAAAGUAUUAAAAGAGGUGGCAAAGUGUUAAUCUGAAUCCAUCAGACCCAUUAAGUUGCCACUGCAAAGGACAGAUGCCAGUUUCUUUUCCUGACUAACGCUUGCUUCAUGACUUUUUCCCCUGGUACCACUGUUGGUACUUAUAUGGUAGGACCGUGGAAGCUGCAACUGAUUCUGCCUUCUUGACCAGCUCUCGCUUUUUGUGACUUUAAUCCCUAGCAAGUUACUGAUGUGAGUGGUGAAUCUUCAUGUUGCUUUGCUAAUGCAAUUGAGACAAAGUGGAGAAGGAAUAGAUGUAAAGCUGUUUCUGAGAGCAUAAAAAUUUCAAUGGGAGACGAAAGCAAGAGGUGGAGGGUGGUAAAGGGGCAGCAUGAACGUAACUGUUUCUUUCUUAUGGACAGAGAACUGCCCUGGCUCUGGCAUGCCUCUUAUGAUGUAAUGAAUGUGAUUAUUUGUAUGAAAAGAAUGAAAACAACAAAAAUAGAUUAUGUACAUAGUUACAGAUCUGUUUUGUGUCACUGUAACCUGACCUGUGAAUGACUUUGCUAUACUUUUUACCACUUUGGACAGCUGUAGACCCAACACAUUUUGUCCUGCGUCCUGUCUCCCAUCUUCCCUCUAUGAACAGUUCUUGAAUAUGUGGUUUUAGUUGUUGAAUCCUUUUUGUGUUGCUUGGAUGGAUGCAUGGACACGCACACAUUUUCACACUUACCUGCUCCUUAUCUGCUGUCUCCUUCCCCUUUGAGACAGAUGCAAUCUGGUUGGCACACUUUUUUUUUGUCCUACUUUUAGGUCUUAAUUGCUCUUCUCUUGUUCUAAAUAAUGAACAAUUUCUUUGUUGGCUUUUUCUCCCCUUCCUCUUUUUCCUUAAAGACAAACACCCCCCCCCCCCCAUUUUUUUUUCUCUUCUUCCUCAUCCCUCAACAUCACCCCUCCCCCUUAUUCCUGGUUCUAGUAUUUGUGAGUCAUCCUUAUUUCCUGUUGACCAUCAUCCAGCUCAGCUGUCAGCUUGUCCCUGUAGCUUCGUGAUGUUAUCAUGUUUUUGAGAAUUUGUUUUUUAUUUUAUUUAUUGAUAUAUUUUUUUAAAAGUUGACCAUAAGUGUUAGCUGGGUGUUGACACAAUGUUUCAAUACCACAUUUCUGUUUGCCUUCUCACCAUCCCGUUCACCUUGUUAUGUAUCUCUUGGUGUCUAUUUGUUGACAUUUUUGUUUGGUUGGUAUUUUUCUUUGGUCCUUGGCUUUUGAUACUGUGUGCGUGUACGAUAAUGUGGUUUCAAGUAUAAAAAUAUUUCAUGUAAGUGUGUACACAUAAUUACUCCUUAGUCGGUUUUGUAUGUGCGAAUGUGUUGUUGAGUAUUACAAUCUUCAUGAAAUGAAUUUGAAGUAUAUUCAUAUAAAUAUUCUCCCAACUGUUUGUGAAAGAAUUAUAACAUAUAAAUGACGAAUGUUGGGGGAGUGGCGAUUUUUUGGUUUUUAUUCCUUUGGGUUGAUGGGAAGGAGGUGACUUGUCUGACACGCAGAGUUGUUCUUUGGGGGUUUUUUCAAUGUGUAGGCAUUUGUACCUACAUACUCAUUGGAUGCAGAAAGCAUAUUUUUGUUGUUACUUCGACCCAUCUCCUGUUACUUGUGCUAUGGGUGUGCUGCUUGACGAUCUAUUGUGUGCCGGGUAUAAGACUAGGAUAAGGAACAGGGACCUUUGCUGGUGAGACCUUACCCAGUGUUUCAGCUGGCUGCUCUUGGUUUGUUUGCUUCUUUCUUUCCUUCAUGUCCCAAACAAUUCUGAAUUUGUGUUAGGUAUCCUAGUGCAUUUGAGCAGUCUAUGGCAUGACAGACUGAUGAUUUUCCUUUAUGUUUUGGCACCUUUUGUUUCAAUAACCCAGAUUCUUUGAUCUUAAAAUGUGAAUUCUGACUUCAUAUUGAUAGCUUAUUUUAGAGUGUUUUAUUUUGUGAUAACUCUUGCCUUUGCUUAAAAGUCUGCAAGCAGACAGAAUGACAGUUGAGCUUUAAGUUUAAAGAGCAGAUUCCUUUGGGAGUGGAGAGGUUGUUUUUUGUUUGUUUUUUUUUGUUUGUUUUUUUGUUUUUUGUCACAGUUCUCAUUUCCAACUUGCAAUACAGGAAGUCUAACUUCCUCAAGGGGACCAUUACCGCUCCUUUGGGGUUUUCCCCUCCUUGUUCUCCUUUUUCAACUUAUUUUUAUGUUUCUGAGGCUCUGUCAGCAAAGGUCGGUUGUUUCACUUCUACUUAUAUCAGUACAUGAUUUGCCUGUCCCAGUUCAGUAUAUGUGCAUUACAACACAAAAACUGUAGUUGUAGCUUAGCGUGGGCGCAGAGUCAGAGUCCAAUUCCCUCUGCGAGCACAAGCUGACUCUUGGCCUGUGCGUAGUUGGCUGUUGUGAUCUAAAUUUCUUGUCCGCUGACUGUAUCUGUACCAAUGUCCAGAACUAUGUGAAUGAAGAUGUGUGCAUACAUUUUUCACUAUGUGGAGUGCUUGAAUCUUUGUUGCUCUGAUCUGUUGGUGUUAUAUUUGCUCUAAUGAACUGGUUGGGAUAGCUGGCUUAACAGCAGUGUGAAGAAUAUGUGACAAGGUUACUCCACUUAUUUCUGGUACAUACGAAUGACAGAUUGUUAGGACUGAGUGGAGUGUGAAUGAUAUUUUUUCAGUGACCUUGUGAAGAAGAAUUUCAAUAUUUAACUACAGAAGUAAUAGCUUUUUCUCAUUAUAUGGCAAUUUUUCUCCUUCUGAUUUGUAUAAAUCCAUGUGUUAUCUUUGCUACUAAAUCAUGUCACCAGAUAAGGAAGAGAUUUGCUUUUGAGAAGACCAAAAUGAAAGGGAUAUCUAGGUUAUUUUUUAAUGAGACAGAUUACAUUGUAUUGUUACUUUUUUUUUAAAGGCCAGUUCUUGUUGAAAUGUUUAAAUGCAGUCUAUAUGUAAGACUGUUACAUGUUCAGUGCAACAAGCAUAUUUGCUGCAGUGCUUAGCUCUGUUAUUGUAUUGUACCCACAGCAACUUGACAUGUAAUCUUACAUCUUUGUUGGGCCCUCAGUGCAGGUGGGAAAAAUGUUAGGAGAACUUGUAGGUUAGAUGAGAAGAAAAGAUAGGGGCUAAAGUGUUAUGCGUGUUUGCAGCUUUGCAUGAGCACAUGCACAUAUGCACAUCUUCAUAUGUGUGUGUGGAUAUGUGAGAGAAAGAGUUUUAUUUAUUUUUUGCCCUUUUAUCUGGUCAUGAACGGUGCAAUGAAACUUUUUGACAUAAGGUAGUUCUUUGUUCUGAUAAAAGGAGACAAAAUUGUUCUGUGCUUUGCAUUUCCUGGUAGACUUGCAUGCACAUACCGAGCACAGAGAGAAUAAAAUUAAUCAAUUGUGCUCAUUGCCUCCCAAACAAACAUUUUAUUACUUACUGUUGUUCUGAAGGCUGUGCUCUUUCCAGUGACUUGGCACUACACACUUCAUUGAGGUAGUUAUCUUGUAAAGGUUAUUCUUUAAACAUCAGCAUGCAUCAUUUGGUGGGCUGUAAAUGGAGUUGUGAAUUGAGGUCCCAUUUUUAAUUUUAAAUCACAGCUAGUGAAUACCAUUGUAGUACUGGGGUGUGUGCAGUCAUCAUGAUGUUCUCUAAUCAGUAAACAACAGCCACCCUUUGCUGUAUCUUCUAGUUUGAGUGAGAGGGCUGAGAGACAAAGAAGCUUCUGGCAAUCUGUGAUAAAAAGAAAGGGGAAGUUACAGGUAAUGUGGCAGGCCACACGCGGUUGAGGUGGUUUUUCUAAAAUGUUUGUAUGUUAAAUUUUCAGCAGUAGAAAGAAACUGGUAGCAGUAAACAAUACAUCAAACUCAAAAUACUAAGUCCUUUUAUUGGGGUUAAUCAGGGUGUUUAUAAUAUCAAGUUGCCUAACAUCAUUUAAGGGAUGCCUGCAUUAAUAGUAGGAAGUGGGAAAAACUCUGUUAGUAAGUGUUUGCCAUGACAAGUAAUUGUGAAUAAUGUUAACCAAGAAAGAGUAAAUAAAGGAUGGAGGGUACUGAUUUCUUAAAAACAUUUUGACAAAAAACUGUUUUCUUCUUCACCUGUAUUUUUUUCAAGUUACUGCAACAAGGAACAGAAUGGUUAUUGCUGUGGAACAAUGAAUUCAGAUUUAAAGAUGAUUGAGUUGCGGGACUCUUGACAAAAAUUUUGUUGCUGGCUGCCAUGAGCUCAAACUUAAGAAUCAUGAAGAGCAUAUUGACGUACGCGAUGACUUUAUUAAAUAGGUAGUCCAUACAAUAAUGACUGUUUUGACUAAAAUAUUAUGGCUUGAGAGCUGCAGAGAUGACUGUCACAGUUGAGGAUUAACAAUAUAAAUAAGUAAUAAUUUCUCAGAAAGCUAUUGUUUCAUUACUAUAGAAGGGAAUUGUGUACUCUAUACUCAAUUUCAAGGAGAUGGCUUUUUUCCUCUGUAUUUUUAAAGAAAAUAGAUCCUUGUGAGAUCCUGCAUCUAGACUAAAUAUAAAGGGUUUCUUAAUAGAGAAAAACAUUUGCGAAGUGAGACAGUUAAGGUUCACAUGUGUGUGUGUUUUUGUGCAAGAGAGAGAAGCAGUGACACAUUCCGUGUUCGGGAUGGAGAUUGUGAACUCUCUCCGCCCCCCACCCCAUUAAAGGACAAAAAUUAAUCCCUAGAAAAAUUUGCUUAAAAUUGGGGGAAAAUGGCUAUACUAUAAGACAAAUAAUUGAGAUAUUUUAUGAGGUGAUAAGUUUUGUUUCUGGAGGGAAUGUGAGGUUCACUGCAGUGAUGAGAAAUGAGACUCACAUGUAAUUGAUUAAUUAUUGAGUUGUGAAAAUAAAUAGCUGCUUGUGAAGAUAUCACACAUAUGCCAUGUAAAUAAUUUGUAAAUGUUCACAAAAUGCAGAGCGUCUUAUUGUCUUGGUGACGUAAUAUGCCAUGAACUCUGUGUUUCUGGUUUGUCAGAUGUUUUCAAUGGUUGGAAUGCUUGAAGCAUGUCCGAGCAGUCUCCUGCCUCUCUCUUGCUCUGUGCAUCUCCUGGUCAUGCAUGCAGUGGGUUACAAGUGUGUAACCAAGUCAUACCUCCACAAUUGUUUGAAUGGUUGCUAAAGAAGCAUUGUGGCUGGGUAUAGCUUUUGGAGUGCAUAAGGGUGAUAUAUGCUAACAGCUAGUUGCUGCUAGCAGCUUCACCUGUUGUUUUUAAUCGUGGAGCAUAGAAUCUUUACUGUUUUGGUGAUAGGCAUUUAGCUGGUGAAAGGGAGUGGGGGAAAUGAUCACAAAGGACAUGUUUGCACUAUUAUGCAGGCUACACAAAUGAUUUAACUCAGCUUUGCAAGUUACUGAAUGCUACAGUCAUCACCAUCCCUUUUGCAUGGUGACUAAUCAAAGAAAGUGCAGGGCAGUUGCUGUUAUAUGGAAAUCGAAACUUUCCCCCAAAUUAACAUCUGGGGGAAAAGUUAAAGAGACAUAUUUUUACUUAAAGUGGGGGAAAAAAUCAUUAUUAGGGUCUAUUUAAUUUUUUAUAAGCUGACAUUAUCUGCAUUACAAAGGUGUCUCAGCAGCAUGGCUGCUAACUGGUAGUAGUUUAAGUUUGUGUACAGUGAAAUGGAGUUCCUGCCUCUAAUAGAAUGGGGAACACCAACUGUAGACAACAGUGUGUGUGGGAGGGAAAGUAAAAGAAAUGGCAUUUCUCUCAACAUGACCCUAUUCUGGUUGUCUGGGCUUCGUUGUUCAAUGAUUGUAUCCAUCCAGUUUUCUCAACAUGACCCUGUUCAGGUUGUCUGGGCUUCAUUGUUCAGUGGUUGUAUCCAUGCAAAGUCAGCUCCAGAGAUAUGCAGUGUUUAGAGGCCUUUACCAAGUCAAUAGAAUAAUGUGCAAUACAGAUAGAAUGUGUGUCUUUUGUUUUAAAUGCUUUGUAAUUGGACUUAGCUAUAUUUUCAUUUGGGUUCUUGUUCAAGCUUUAGAUUUUCACUUUAUGCAAGACACAGUCCUUUUUAUUUCAUUGGAAGUGGCCAUCCUUGCCCCAUUCUAAUAUCUCAUAUCAGCAAAACCAAUGUCAGUGUUAUUGUGUCGACCUUUAUUUUCUCAUAAUCAUUCUUUUUCACCAAGGUACUACAUUGGGGAACCAUACUUGUCAAAACUAAUGGAGUCUGUCAGCAGUGUUGAUGGCCAUCAUUUGCAUCACAGCACACCUAUUGCUGGGAUGUAUGAUCUCUCUAAGCAUCUGCAACAUAUCUCUCUUCUACUUUUAUAUACCUUCCACUUGGUCUACUGAUGUGAGAUUACUAGGAGAUGUAGGCUAUCUGUUUACUCACUGUUGUGAUGUGGGAACAAAGUUCCAUUCAGAUGCUUUCAGAUAAACAUGGAAUUAUUUCUUCAGCAUUUCAUUCGUGUUUUUAUGUUGAUAUCAUCACUAUGUCCUCUUGUUCACUGGCAUACAUUGAAACUUGCCCUUCACCAGCGUGCACCUUUAUCUUGAUUUGGCUAUUUGUGUGAUGACCGCCUAGCACAGUCAACUGAUGAACCAUACCCCCACCAGCGCAUCUAAUCCAUUGGCAGUAGUACUUGGCAUCUUAACAUGCACACUUUUCUGUUGCCUUUUAGGUAUGGGUGACUAACAUUGCCAGUCUUAUUUAAGUAUAUGUAAUGUGUGCAACAGCGUCAAAGUGUUCACAGUUUUUGUUUGUUGAGGUUUUUUUCCCCUUCCACCUUUAGCUCAUGACAAAUUGUAUCAUUUGCACUAGCAUUGUAGAAAAUGAGAGCACCAAAUGUGAUGUUUAUUAGCUAUAGUGAAUCAGUUUUCAAUCUCCCUUGUUAAAAGACAAUGGGUCUGAGCAUUUUUGGAAUAGAGAUGUUAAUAAUUCCUUUUGGAUAAAUGGCGGGGGGGGGAAUUUGUGUUUUAACCUUACUAAUUGGUGUAAAUAAAAUGAAUCUAAGCAAUUUUAGUUACCAGUUGGCAGGGGUUUGUAAUCCACUGUAUAUAGAAUUCGUAUAACGAUAUUUCUGAUGUACUUAUGACAAAUAAGGAUUGGUACAUAGUAGUUGAAGAUAGGUCAAAACCAAUCAUGGCAUCAUUAAUGCAGAAUAACUCUUUCAGGGCACUCGGGUGAUAUGGUUCUCUUGCAUGGUUUGCAUAAUGAAAGUAUUUUCACCAUGUUAACAGCAGCAAGAGAACAAGAGAGAGGCAAUUGUCUCCUGUAUGUUUACACCCUGUUUUUCUAAUGCCAUAGUCUACUGAUUUUAUUUUUCCCUUUCAGCCCUUUUCUCAAAACUGUAUUUGAAAGUUGGUGACAGCAGCUUUUUUUUUCCCCCUUUUUUUUUUGGUAGAACUUGAUGGUUCCUUCCCUAUUCAGAUUCCAUGUUGUGCAUUUGCUGUAUCCAGAUAGCUUUUGGGUGAAGAAAUACCAUGCAUCUUGGCAGUGAGUGUGAUGCAGCUACCACAUGCCACUGUGCCCAUGACCAGUGCUCACUUCAGUGCUAACACCUCAAUACAGUGGGAAAUGUUUGCUGCUUGUUGUCAGUGUCAAUGAGAUUGCCUUGAUGUGCCUCCUAGAGUCUCUCACAUAGAUUGUAAAACCUCACACUGCCAUGUGUUAACAUUUGUCCAGUCUUAUUUCCUGUUACAGUGAACUCGGUUGAGGGAGAAAUUCAGAAGCAUUGUCUUCUUUGAUGUGAGGCAUGCUAAGAUGUGUAUCAUUUGUAUGUGAAGCUGAAAACAAUUGCUGCUCAACAUAUUGUGAAUGCCCCAAGAAACUUGACUUAGAUGGCUGUCACAGAACAAGUAAGCAUGGCUUCCUGAGAAGCUUCAUUUACAAUGUCUACAUAGGUGUGAGAUUCAGCACAGGAUUUUCUGCAUUUAAUAGUUGCUUCAACCCAUAAGCAAAAAUCUUGUGGGCAUGCUUAGUGUAUUUUUCAGGAACUUUUUUUUUUCUUCAGUUCUUUGGUUUUAGAAGUUUUAAUUGAGCUGUAGUUUCUCUUGCAGUCAUAGUGGUACUUCCUAGUGGGUAUUAGCUUAAGGCAGAGUCUUAGGUGAUCAGCAGAUAAGGAUCAAGUACAACUUGCCUACGAUUUCAAAAAUCUUGAUGCCAGAGACUGAGAGGUGUCCACGGCAUGAUUUUCUGGUUUCUGUAUGCAAGUCUGGCAGGGACAAAGAGAGAAAAAAUCAAUCUUUUAAAGGAGUUUUAGACUUGAGGAAUCCAAGCUACCAUUUGUAGGAUACAGUGGACUAAAGGUCUGAGUGAUAUUUUCAUGCCGUGUUGAAGGAAAAACUUUUCAUAGUUUACACGCAUGUUUAAAGUAAGAUGUGCUUUGAAAAAGCUGUUUUUUAAACUGUUGACUUUGUGAAAAAGUUUUCAGAAAUCAUAAUUUUGAUUGCAAAGAAAGGUGAUCUGUGAAUUCUGUCUCUUGAGAGCAGCAUACUCCCUAUCUUGAUAGUUGACCCUUUGGUCAUUUACAGCCUGUGACAAGUUGGCCUUGGUGUGGGCUGCACAAGAAUUCACUUUUUUUUGUUGUUGUUUUUUUUUGUUGUUUUUUUUUUUUUCAUUCAUAAAAGUGCCCAUAGUGCCUCUUCACCUCUUAAAUUUAUGGGUAUUUUUAUGUGUGAUAAGAAGAUAGAAAAGGCUUAUGUGAAGGACAGUUUUGUACUUAAUAUGUAUUUUGACAAAUUUUAAAUUGAUCAUUGUACAUCUCAUAUUGCACACCACAUGUACCCACAGAGUAAUUUAAGUAGACAUGUUAAUGGUGUCAUACACAUGAGGUUUUGAAGCUUCCUAUCAAAUUUCUUUGGUUCCCAUCACUGGCAACAUUGUAAAAUGUUGGUCUGCUCUUUUUUAUUGUCAACGUUUUUUUUUUUUUUUUUUUGUUGUUUUUUUUUUAAUCAUUUGUGACUAAUUUUCUGCAGGCAUAGGAUUUCUCCUCUCUGUCACAUAAAACAUGAAUCUCAUUAGAAAUUCUUUAACAGUGAGAGGAAUUAUCAUUUUGGGGUUUUUUUUUUUUAGUGACUUUAAAGUAGUUUAUUGCUUUGAAGUAGGUUAAGUAAGUCUCAGAGCUUUUUGAAAAUGGGUGACCUUUGUUAAUAGCCAGGUUAAUAAUAUUUAAGUUUUCAAGAUUUAGAUUUAAAUCAAAGAAACUACUGAGUUUUGUGUACGUUUACAUGGCAGUAUUUUUAAAGACCAAAACAAUCUUCAUAUUAGAUGCCAAAAACUAUCGAAAGACCAAAAAUCUGUGCCUUUGGUUGAAAACAAGUUAGGUCAUUAAUGUUUUAGGGAUUUACAUUUCCCCUCCAUCAUGACUAGGGAUGGUGUCAGAAAGCCUUUACAGAUAAUAAUUGUCUCCUAAGAGGAUAACCAUAAUUGUAGUUGUGAUCUUUCCAAGUUUUAGUGAUAAAUGUCAACUCGCUGGAGACAAUAGAGUUGGGAUUUGAUUUUAAGAUGCCAUUAGUGCUUCUAGGUUAAGCCAAUUAAACACAUAAUGGAUUGAUUAUGGUUUCAUGCUAAGUUAGCAGCUGGCCUUAAUAGGUCUUACAGCUUGGUAAGGAGUUGCUAAGUUCUUGACUCUUGAUCACAGCUAUUUUUGGAGGCUGGAGUGGCACCAUCUGUUGAAUUUUCUGUUGAUGCACCAUUUAUUCAUCUUUGAUUAAAGAAUAUCUGGGGGAAGGGGGAUACCUUGGUGGCUGCUGAAUCUUGUGUUUACUUUUUCUUAGCUUAUCUGUUCUUGCUAGAGAGAUGCACAGGAAUGGGGCCCAUUUGUUGUUUUGUUGGGGUUUUUUGUUUGUUUGUUUUUUUGGAGGAUGGGUUCAUUUUUUGUGGGGAGGGGGGAUUCAAAAGUCUCCUAGGUUGGAGUUUUUUUUUCAAAGUUAAAUGUAGAGGCUGUCUUUGCCAUGCUUGGUUCUUUUUACAACUAGUGUCACGUUAACGAACUCUGGCGUUCCAGUUUGAUACUGUUAGGUUCAAGACAUGUCUAUUUCCUUUUUUAUUAUGGAGUUUCACAAGUCUGUGAUAAUAUAUACAUAAACCAUUCAGCCUUCACACUCAGUACAACUUUUCAGCUGAUAGGACAUUUGCUGAUUGUAUAUUUUAGUUACAUUUCAGUUGGAUGUGUAUUAUUUUGUUCUUCACUGUGUGACCCACAACAGAACCUACUGAGCAAAACUGGGUUCUUCACAUUGCAGUAGCAUCAUUGAUCCCAUCUAUUUUUAUGACAGCAUCUUGCUGCCUGAUAUAAUUACUGUUAGGAAUCAUUGCUAGAAUUCACGUUUUAUCCAUCUUAAAGCAGUAACCAGGGUUGACCUCUCCUCUCCCCCCCUCCCCCCAAGAUGAGCACUUACGACAGCUGUUGUCAGAUGGUAGGUAAUUUUGUUGGGGGGAGAAAGUUUGAGAGUAGGUGUGUGCAUGUUUUGUAUUGGCAAUCACCUGCUACUACAUAUUUGAUCCAAUGCUAUUGUUUAAAGGACUUGGUAUGUAUGAGAAUAACUAAAAAAAAAAAAUUUUAAGGGUGGAGAGUUAAGUGUCCUUUUUUCCUUUAGAUCCAUUAUUGAAUGUCAACACUGAAUGAGUUAAAUGUUCAGCACUUCAUAUUUUAGCUUUGAUCUGUAUAGGAAAGACUUUCACUUAAGAACUAUAGCUAUUGGAGGUUUGUUUUUGUUUUUUGUUUUUUUUUAAUUACAGGCACUGGUAUUUGUUGUGAGAUCUACCCUUUUCAGUACCUGUACUUUUUUCCUAAAUUCUAUUUCCACUUUUAAGCAUGAAAGGAAUGCAAGAAUUAGGUGAGAGAAAUGCCUUUCUGUUAGCCUGUUGACUUAAUUGGUUUGGGAGGGAAGGGGGCAGGGCCGGGGAGGGUAGGAAUGAGGAGUAAGAAUGCAGUGAUUUGGUUGUCAUAGUUACUUUAAACUUCUUCAAAGGGGCAAGGGAGAACUGUGUGAAUCGUUUAACAAGAUGGUUAAGUUUUUGAUCCUUUUUUUUUUAAGUUUUCUUAUGAGAGCAAUGCUUUAUGGUAUUACAUGGGCAGUCUGUGGUCAUGCUUUUUUUUUUUUCUUCUGUGGAAGUACAUAGCUGUGAAACAACAAAACUGUUGCCAGACAGUUUUGCAGAGUAGUGUACAUGAGGAGUGCAAGAAAGAGUCCAGCACGCAAGCAAGACCUGUCUAUUGCUGUGAGUGCAAGUGGCAUCUUGUAUCUGUGGUUCAUGCGUGUGGUACGAUUGUGCUGGGUGCUUUGUAGUUUUGGUUAUCCGGCCCUAGGUCGGGUAGUAUUGUCUACACACAUUGCUACAAUAUUAAAAAGACAGACUUUUUUUUUCAAUGUUAACAGUGCUCAAAACUUUUGAAAAUAAAACUUAGAUGUACACACACACACCUACAACUUGACUAUGUGUGUCAUGUGAUUUUUCUUUGAAUCA